GUGAUAUGCUCGUAAAGUAUGUCAUAGUGUGAGUAUUGUAGUCGACCUAUAAAAGACAUGAGAAGGACCUCCCUGACCAGUGCUUGUUGUGCCGGUUCAUAGGUUGUCAGUUUUCAACAUAUUAAUUAAACAGAAUCAUCAUGAAGGUGUUCCCAGUCAUCGUCGGCGUGUUGGUGGCCUGCGCCGUGUCCCUGGCAGCUGACCAUGGUCCAUUGUUGACUGUGCUUCAGCCCCAGGAGCUCAGACAAGUCGUUGUGUUGGAACCUUCACAAAAUAGGCAGAAAAGGCAUUUAUUAGGAGCGAGUCUUCUUGGUGCCGGCGUGGUAGGAGCGGGCAUCAUUGGAGCUGGUGCGUUGGGCGCUGGAGCCCUGGGUGCUGGUCUUAUUGGGGCCAAGGCUAUCGGCGCUGGAGUCAUCGGUGGUGGUCUCGCUGCCUCAGCUCUCCACGGCAGAAGCUACGGUGGCUACUACAGCGGAGGAUACUCCAGUUAUGGAGGAUACAAGAGCUACGACUACGACAGUUAUCCCAGCACUUACGUCGUAGAAGAUGGAUGGUACUGAGUAGUUUUAAGUUAAAAAUAAGUGUUAAUAAGUUAUAAUUUAUGAAUGAUGUUGAUGUGUGUUUAUUCUUUUCAAAUGACGUGUAUGUAUAUGUCAAAUGAAAAAAUAAAAUGUGACCCAUAAAAAUACACAUUUCAUAUUUAUAAAAA